CGCUAAUGGGUGAGGGGUCGCGCUCGCGCGUCAUCGCGGGCGCCGCUCAGUUGGUCGCGCAGGCCGACUCUCGGGUUGGGUUGCGUGUUUCGCAGAGAGAGCGAAGGUUCGUCCUCUGCCCGGCUAGCGGAGUGGUGAGAAUGAGGACAUCCCCCAGGUUGAACGGCUUCGCGGGCGGCCUCCUGCUCUCCAGCCGGACCCUGGGCUGUGGCGAGAGCGGCGGUGCUGGAGGCCGCUGAGGCUCGGGCAGCCCUGAGGCCACCUCGGGGGGGCGGAGGCGAUGGGCAUCCCGCUGCCCGGCCGGUCACGUACCAAGAGGAGGCGAAGUGGCAUGCCUCUGGAAGACACGAUGAAAAUUCUCGAGAAGCUGGAAGACGGCGUGAGUAAACCGACGUGGGGCGCCUUUCUGGCGUCAAUGAGUCAACCGGGCGAACCAUGAAGCAAAACACCAGGGUCAUUAGGGCCAGCCUGGAGAGUAUUUCGCCCGUCUGCUCCGGGGUGCUGUGCAUUCUCCGUGACGUAGACGUGCCAACACUGGAGACUGAGUUAACCUGAGUCGAGGACCAGACCAGAGCGGGGCGGCCUGUGAUGCUGAGGGCCGUCUGCAGCCAGGCCAAACGCAUUUACAAGCAACUGGUGGAAGCCACUGGGAAAGGCAACCCAGAUCAGUGUCCUGCGAGCAAGGGAUGGUUUGAGAAGUUUAGAAAUCGCUACAGUCUGCGAAAUUCGAGGCUGAUGGGGGAGGAAGAACCGUUAAAUGCCCAGUCAGCACCCAAGUAUUCCAAGCAACUCCACAAACUGAUCAGAGCUAGAGGCCAAGUGCCUCAACAGAUCUUCCUCGCCGAGGAGAUGAGCUUGUUUGGGAAGUGCAUGCCUUCUCGUACUUUAGGGAAAGACGAAAAUCCGGAAAGCUUAGAGGAAACCACAGGAUUUCCCUCAUUUUUUAGUGCCAGUGCACAGGUGACAAAAUGAUGAAACCAUUGCUCCUUUAUAAAAACCCUAAUCCCACUUGUCUUCUGGAAAAAGAUAAAAAACGCCUUCCUGUUUUCUGCUGAUCACACCCCAAAUUGACAUUAGCCGCUGUCCUCUUUUUGGAUUGGUUUCAUAAUUGUUUUAUCCAAGCGCGGAGUUAUUUAGCAGAAAGAAAUCUUGAAUCAGAGUGUUGCUAGUUUUGGACAGAGGUCCCAAUCACCCAGACUCAUUAUUCUUGGUGCAUAUAAUGAUAAUACUGUGUUUCUCCCUCUGGAAGGCACUAGCCGUCUUCAGCCCUUGGAUCAGGGUAUAAUUGAAGCAUUCAGGAGGUGUUACACCAAGUAUGUAUUUGACCAGUUUGCUGACUGUAUUGCAAAAAACGCUUGCCUUGCUUUGAAAGAAGCGCGGCAAGUACAGCAGUGCUUUGGUAGUAAUAAAAGAGGUGAUGGAUGAAAACCAGCCGCUCUUAAAGCCUGGUGGAAACUUUGAGAGGAUGUUGUGAGUGAUUGUGCAUGUUUCCCUAAAGCCAAUGAAGAAGUUAAAAAAAUCAUAAAGUCUGCAAAACAGAUGGGCUUUAAAUUCAUCAAAAUCAGUGAAAGUGAAAUUAACAAGCUAUUCAAGUUUCAAGCUUUAGCAAUAACUGAGAGAGAGUCUCCAUCCAUAGAUGAGGAAGAAGGCAAGUCCCUGGAACCAGAGGUAAAGAUGAAUCUAGGAACACUGGAUGCUGUCUUAGACCAGGCCUCAGACCUCACUGAUGCUGCAAUUGAUAUGGAUCCUUUCCUGGAUUGAAGUUUGGCCUUUAAAAAAGAUUUCAGUGAAGUGUUCUAUACCUAUAAAGAGGUGCAAAACAACCUUCAAAAUAAAGCCAAUGAGUUGAAGAAAGAGAAAGAAGACACAAACAAUAAAGAGGAAUUAAUGUGGGUGAAGGAGGUGGAUACAGAAUCUGAGUCUGAAGGGGAGUCUGAAUCUGAUUCUGAAUCUGAUAAGGAGGAGGAGAAGGUAGAGAGAAAGAGGAUAAGAAACCUCCAGAAGAGCCUGAACCCUCAGGCAGUGGCCCUAAGAAUCUUACUAUAUCUGAAGAAUCUGCCAAAGCCAUAAAUGCAGACCUGGACUUUUGGAAUCUAACUUUGGAAUUGAAUCUGGAGAGAGUAGAGAUACCUGAGUUGAAGGAAGAAAAAACUCCAGAGGCAGUUUCUUCCAAAUAACAGCUCAUCUCUUGCCAUCCUUCCCCUCUUGUCCUAACAUCAUCUUCAUCGUGACCAUCCUUAUAAUCAUCAGCCACACAUCCAUCUCAUUUAGUCAUUCAACAGACAUUUAUUGAGCAUAAACUCUGCGGGGUCCUGUGCUAAACUUGGAGACGCCAUCUCAGGAACUCACCUCAGGAUCUAAGCUCCCUAUGGUGCUCUUAAGUGUGGCAGCAGAAGUGUGUGCAAAGUGCCUUAGGGGACACUGAGAACUGUGAGCUUAACUCCGGGAAAGGCUGCAGCGAGCAGCUGCCCUGGAAAGAUCCUGAUAGCUUCUUUCCUCACAUACCCUAUGCUCAAGACCCUUAGCCUGCAGCUCCAUUCAACUGUCACCGGCAGCUAUGUCUCCGGCACUUACUCCAUCGUCUUUGUCAACUGUCCCAACGAACAAAUUGCCAGAGAUAUUGCCAGGGCUAUACUGGAUAAGAAGCUGGCUGCCUCUGUGAACAUCUUACCCAAAGCAUCCUCACUGUACUUUUGGAAUGGAGAAAUAGAAGAAGCCACUCAGAUCCUGUUGUUGAUAAAGACAAAGACUUCCAAGGUACACAUGCUGUCCAGCUACAUCAGGUUGGUGCAUCCUUUUGAAAUCCCAGAGAUCUUCAGUCUUCUCAUGGACCAAGGAGAUGUGCAGUAUUUGAAGUGGCUGGAGGAGGGCAUGGAGGAGGACUGAGUGGGGGAGGCUUUUUGUGCGUCCUGCUGGCUGCCUCUAGCCUUCAUCAGCUGCACUCUGGGAAAGGGGAGGCCUCUUUCUGCCUCCUGGCAUCUCUGGAUUCCAUGUUUUUGUCAGCACAGAGGAGCUAAGUAACUUGUGAAGGCUGAAGGUCCGAGGCUCCUAAGGCUGGAAGAGGAGGCUGGGCCAGUUGGGCCAGGCAAGAACCCAGUGGAACUUUUCUCUGAGUGCUUCAUGCUUAAAGGUGGCCAGGGGGUGGGAGGGUGAUGAUGGCUGUGUGUAGGGAUCCAGGGGAGGUGGCAGUGAGGGUGAGGUUUGUCACCUUCUCCUGCAGUCACUGUGCCUACCUCGAGUGCCCAAGAUGUAAUUCCUCUCCUUCUCAGGAGGAGGAAUGGACCUCAUGACCUCUUCAGCCAGAACUGUGUGGGAUGAAUGCACCUUUUGGGAAACUGGCAAGCACUUCAUCCAAAAGGAUGAAUUCCUAAUGGUGGAAUUUCAGGGACAAGCAGGAUUAUUUCUCCAGGCGAAAGAUGGUGUUUGUUGUUCCAGAGUCUUGAGGAGGUGGGACUGGGAAUGGGCCUCAAGAGUUUGUAGGACAAGGGAAACAUUAGGGCUUAGACACAGCCUCAUGGGUUGGGAGUAGGUCUUGACUCUUCCUGGCCUGAAUGUGACAGACAGCAGAAGCUUCUGGGGCCUUUCUCAGUGGAGACACAGGUUCUGAGCCCGCCAUACUAUUUCACUUGAGCAUUGAAGCUGAACAUCCUAAAGUAGGAAAGAACCCUGGGGAAUUGCUGGACCAGUGUUUUUCAGACUUACUCCACAGAGCCCCAGGGGUUGACAGAAGGUACUCUGGGGGCUGCCUCGGUGUGCGGGUAAGGAUAUGAGGCCCCCCCACCCAUAAUUCAACCAGUACAACUGUGCUUUUAUUUAUGUAUUGAGCUCCCUUGUAAGCUUUGGGGUUUUUUUUAAAAGUUUUCUCUGUUAAAAGUUUGUGAACCAGUGGUCUAAGCCAAUCUCCAUUUUAUAGAUUCCUAAAGGAAACUGAACUGCACUGAGGUCCAGAAAGGGGGUGACGUGUUGCAUUAUGAAGGGUACAGCCAGGCCUGCUCGCCCUGUGUCUGGUGCUCUCCUAUACCUGCUCCACGGGUCUUAGGGGGAAGAGAGCAGAGAAGGCAGAGCCCUGUGGGGUGAGAAGAGAGACUUGACCAAAGGCCUCUCUGUGCCUCUAUCACAAGGUAACCCUCCUUGGGGGAGACCAUGGGCAGUUUGGGUAGGGGUCCACAGAUAUCUGUGGUAUCCUGGGCCUUUCUUCCCCGAGGGAAGGGUGUGUGGGAGGGGUUUUGCCUGGCUCUAGUUCUGACACCUCCUGUGCUUCUUGGACCUUAGUUCCUCCGAAUAUAAAAUGGGGGGGGGGGGGAUCUCCAGGGGCUCUUCUGUGAAGACCUUGUAGGGACUUUAGGCUGAGGCCCUUCCAAAGGUUCAGAGGAUCCUAUGUUGAGAGCCAGUGGGGAUUUUGGAGGACUGCCUCAGGAGAAGAAUAAAGAGAAUGAUAAUGGUGGUGUCCCUUUUUACAACAGAUGUUUGUGAUACAUAUGAAAAUCUUGUGUAAGUGUGAAAAUCUUGUGAAAACGUUCUGGGGACCCCAAAUGGACUGCCCGUUAUUGCUUUCAGGAUAAAGUCCAAUUUCUUGCUUUGGC